ACUUACAACCCACGCUCUCGUCUUCUCCCUUUUACACCUGAGAUAAUCUGACCGAGCUUCCAAGCUCGUAAUCUCUACCAUGUCCUUCAACCCGAAUGCCCCCCGCCAUGAUAUGGCGGCCCCUGGUUUCAGCCAGGCCUACGAUCCUUUUGCCGAUCUUUCGCGAAAUGCCCAUGAUAUCGAUGAGGCCCUGGAUUUCGAGGAUACGUACGAUGGGUUGGGCGAUCAGUUGGAUGAGACAGAUGACGCCUUCAACGACGAUACAUUCGGCGAUGGCCCCAGUGAUGUCACGCGUGCUCCAGUUGGCAAGGAUUUUGAUUUCUUUGGCCAGACUGCUAAGGUCGCGAACGCCAUGGAAGAGGAGCAUCAACGAUUUAGCCGCCAGCUACCAGUUCCCAAGGCGGCUCAAGCAGCCCCGAUACAGUACAACACCGGUUACGAAUACAAUCCAACACCCAAACCCACAAGAAGCGGUUACGAGAAAUAUAAGGAUCCCGAAUAUGCCUCAGACCUCCAAGUUGAUGCUUCAAUAUGGGGGGUUCAGCCGAAGAAAACGGCCGUGACGCCAGUACCAGCUCAAAGCCAACAUCAAGCACCACCAUCGUCCCGUAAGAUGAUGAGCUUGGAAGAAGUUGAAGCAGCGAUGCGAGUCCAGGCCAAGGCAUCUGUCCAAGACCUGCAAUCUCAGUCUUUGGCACAGCAACUACCGCCAAAUCCCCAGGCCGCACCUGAGCCUCAGGUGCCAUUUCAGCAUGCCCACUAUCCUCACCACGAGCCUACAGACUAUCGUCAGCAGCAGUUUGACAAUCGUCAUCUACAAAACUUCUACCCUGUUGAGCACAAUCAGCCUGCGCAAAGUGUCCCUCAUGGACAUCCCAUCGCGAUUCUGCAGCGCCCUUCUUCAAAGCACGCCCACCCUCCCGCCAGCGGGCCUCAUGCUGCUAGUCCUUUACCUCAACAGCAUCAGCCACCUAUGGGAUUCCCAACCCAGAUAUUGCAGAAUCCCAGUCGUAUUCCUCAGGAUGCUGCCAGAGCAAAUGUACCGGCCCCCCCAGCUCAUCGUGCGCAGAACUCGUAUUCCCGUCCUCCUCAAAUCGGUGCCAACCAAUCUCAUCUCCCCCAUUUAAGUGAACAGGAGAAAGCAAUUUUUCUUGAGGCUGAAGCUAGACGUGCCAAGCGCAACCAUAAAAUUCAUGUGCUCUCAAGGGAUAACGGUCUCAUGACACCGCAGGACAAGAGUUUUAUCACUCGGAUCCAGCUUCAGCAACUCGUCUCAGCCACGGGUGACCCUAGCGAACAUGGCACCGAUGCUGCUCUUGCGGAGGACUUCUACUACCAGGUCCUCAGCUCCCUGCGAGCCGGGCAACGACCCAACCCGAAUCAGCCUCUUAACAACUUCGCGCAGACUUACCUAUUCCAGACCGGUACUCGUCACGGUGGCAUGAGACGUCAAGGACGCGGCCCGGAGAAUCACAUGCAACGUAUGGAGCAACAAGUUCAACGAGCUGUCGAAGCCGCCAAGAACAAGCCUAAAAAUAAGCAAUUGGUCAUUGAAGGUAGCUUGGGGAAAAUAUCAUUCAGCAAUGCGAAGACACCUAAGCCUCUGCUGAACAUCAAGCGAACUGAGAGUAACACCGACACCAACCGACCGAGUUCGAGCCAUCGCUCAGAUGCAACCACAAAAAAGGGUGCUGACAAGAAGGGAACACUUCGGAACAUUGAAAACGUUUAUCUUACCCUUAUGAAGGUAGAAGAUAUGGCCCGCAAUAUGCCACCUCCAUCUGAUGGUACCCCAGAUCCGCAGACUGCCGAACAACAGGCUGAGUUGCAAAAGCAACUGGCCGACUUGAAGAACCAGCUGUGGAGUGAGCUCAAGGUUCACGAUCCCAUCGGCGCAACUGAUGUACACCCGUUCAUCGCCUUCCUGUCUUAUCCCAAAGGAAAAAAGGCCAUUCCUCGCGUGUUCGAGCACCUCACCCCUGAACAGCGAACAACUGUUCUGACUUUGAUCGUCAUCCAUCUUGAUCAGCUUGAUGUGGUCCGAGGUGCGCAGGUGCAAACUGGGGAGCCUAUCAGCAUUAAUGCUGCCACGCGCGAGAGCAUUGAAUUGUUCAUUGUUGCUGUCAUGCCAAGCCUGCUCAAGCUCCUGAGUGAGUCGGAGCUUCAUAUCAUCACUGGUGUGCUUGGAUUGAUAACCCAGAACAUCAACGUGGAUCUUGUUGCGCGAACUCGUAUUGGUGUCUCGAUGUUGACUAUGAUUCUCAGCCGAGCUGAGCUUGCAAAGCAGGCGGGACAAGCGACGGAGCAAUCUUGGCAGCAAUGGGUGACAACCUUCAAACAAUUUUUCAAUGCUUUAGAGCCGACUUUACCCAACAUCUUCCCAGGCACUGUUAUGUCCGGAGAAGACAUUUAUGUGUGGCAAUUCUUGGCUGCCAUCGGCAUCGGAGCUAGCCCCGAUGAACAUGAGCGACUUGUCCUUGCUGUCAAGGAUCGAGUAAUGGACACUUUUAAUCUAUCCAAGACCCUACCGGCUGACAUGGCGAAGGAGCGCCUGGAUAGUGUUAAUUUGUUCAUGAGAUCCAUCGGCCUCGACGUGGAGUUAUUGAAUUUCUAAGCUUCAGGACGCAGAAGUGCUGCUUGACCUAAUACAUCAACUCACACGAAUGCUUCCGAAGCCCAAUUAGCCAUACAGGCAUAAAGGG